UCGGUUUGUUGUCUUCCUGUUUCGAGAUGUGUGCCGCGGUAUGAAGUUGAUCGCGUGCUAUUGCACGGUCUAUGGACAGUAACGGUUUAUCUACAUUGUGUCAUGUCAUGAUUAUGCCCGUGGUAAAUCACGGAUCACUACAUCGACAUGGUGUUACAUUGUUACUAAAAUAACCGGACUUGCGCGUGGUUGGUGCUACAGUUCAAACGCACGAGGUAACGUUACUGUACAGUAGUGCAACAACUUGAAAUGACUGUCUGACAUUCGCUCACAUAUUGAGUGACAGUAUGCUGAGAACACUUUUAACAGCUGUCCGCGGUCCUGCGGUCUGCGUGGGUCGGUGUUUCAGCAGUGAAGUGAGUGGUGCAGUUUCCACGUUAGCCGGUUUCUCCUCUCCGCCGUUCUCAACGGAGGCUUCACUCUAUGUUCACUGGCCUUACUGUCUGAAGAGAUGCUCCUACUGUAACUUCAACAAGUACAUUCCUCGCUCUGACAACCAGGAUGUCAUGUUGGAGUGUCUCCAGAGGGAGACGGAGACCUUACUAAAGCUCAGCCAGGUGUCCCGGAUCACCUCUGUGUUUUUUGGAGGCGGGACUCCCAGCCUGGCCCGCCCCUCCACUAUUGCUGCAGUCCUAGAGACGGUUGCCAGGCAUGCUGGACUAUCAGAGGAGGCGGAGGUCACUCUGGAGGUCAACCCCACCCCCGUAGGAAGCUCUAAGUUGGAGGACUUCCUCCAUGCUGGCAUCAACCGUUUUUCCAUCGGGGUGCAGUCUCUCCGGGACGACGACCUGAAGGUUCUGGGGAGAGACCAUAACACCCAGCAUGCUUUGCAGACCGUAGCGGAGGCUCGGAGGCUCUGCCCGGGGAGGGUGUCGGUCGACGUCAUGUUCGGACGCCCUGGUCAGAGCGUUGCAUCCUGGGAGUUGGAGUUGGAUGAGCUGCUGUCGGUGUGUGAUGACCACGUCUCCCUGUACCAGCUGACCCUGGAGAGAGGCACACAGCUCUUCAGACAGGUCCAGAAAGGCCAACUGAGCGUGCCCAGUGAUGACAUCACAGCUGUCAUGUAUGACUCUGCCAGGAGGAUUCUUCAGAAGAGAGGCUAUCUGCAGUAUGAGGUGUCCAACUUUGCCAGAAAUGGUGCCAUCAGCCAACACAAUAUGAGCUACUGGAAGGCCAGUCAGUACCUUGGAGUGGGCCCAGGUGCCCAUGGUCGCUUCGUCCCCCGUGGAGAGGGGGAUGUGUCGAGAGCCCGCACCCAGACUCUGGAGCCUGAUGUCUGGUUGAGAGAGGUGCAGCAGAGGAGUCACGGGACCCGACGCAGGAUACCCCUCACCCACCUGGGACUGUGAGUCCACCUUAUCGCGAUGACGUGGCACGACACGAUUUUCUGUUUGCACAGACGGA